AAAAUAAUAAAAUCACGAUCUGCGUUUCCCCUGAAAAAAAAAAACAGAGAGAGGAAAAAAAAAUGUUGCAGCUGUUUUUCACGAUAGCGUUCUCGGCGGCGCCGUUAACGUUGUACAUACCGCCGAUAAGAUGUUUGACGGUGUUUGUGGAGACGAUGGAGGAGAUGGGAAUGGAAGGUAGGGUUUAUAGCUGGAGACUUUUUCCUCGAGCCAGAAUUGCUUGGUCAAGGCUUCUCGAUUGCUUCUUCUCCUCUUCACGUCCUCUCUCUUCUUAAAAAUUAUGUUCGUCUUUCUUCUCCUUGUAGAUAUAUGUUCUCCUUAAUUUCCCUUCUUGAUAUGUUUUUAAUUUGAGAUUUAGGUUUUUGGGUUUUGGUUCUGUUGUUGUUGAUCUUAAUAAAAUGAUUAGAGAUGGAUCUGAAUUCUAAUCUUAUCUUUAUUUUAAACAAAUCGUUGUAUGUGUAAAAGUAAGAGAUUGAAUCAAAUUUGCCCAGAAUUA